AUGUUACUUUUAAUGUCAUUCGCGAGCCCCUAUUGGAUUCAAAGUUAUCAAGAAACUUUUAGCGAAUUUAAACACAUGGGACUAUGGGAAUAUUGCUUUGAAGAAUUUCGUUAUCCCUAUUAUCCGUUUGAUAAAGUAUUUAAUGGAUGCCAUUAUAUAUUCAGUCAUGAAUACUAUGUAAUAAGAGAUUGGCUUUUACCAGCUUGGUUGAUGGUCGUUCAAGCUUUCGUCACAUUAGGAUUAAUUCUCUCAUUCAUAACACAAAUCAUUGUCGCAUUGGAAUUAAUACGAUGGCCUUUAAAAAUUGUACUAAAAUAUGAAUAUUUAUUUUCAAGCAUAGCAUUUGUGUGUAGUGCUUUAACAGCUGCCUUACUUUUUCUCGCAGUGGCAAUAUUCGGUGGACAAUCUUGGCGUAGAGACUGGUUAAUGUAUCCCACAUACAAUUAUUUAUCGUGGUCAUAUGGUUUCGCUUGUUUAGCAUUUAUGUUUCAUGGAGUUGCUGCACUUUUUAUAUAUUUGGAUGCUAGAAAAAAUUAUGAAAUAAAAAAAGAAAGUAAAAAUUUAGUCGUACAAAUGGAUGAAAAUCCUAAUCACAAUGGAGGCUAUGUUUAA